AACGAGCUAAACCAGAGUGUGGUGUAAGGUAUGGAAUUUAAUAUAUACAUAUGAUUUAAUGUGUGUAUGGUCUUGCUGUGUCAUAACCAACUUCUGUUUAUAUUAGCCUUUCCCCAUACACAGUAAAUACCUCCACUUGGCAGCAGCGUACAUUUUUUGGCAACCAUACUCCUGUCUCGUCGUUCCUUCCUAUCCCUCUGUGGCAUAAUGGGGCGUAAAAAUAGAAGACAUCGUCAGAGGAAUCAAAGGAGCACAGAGCAACUUAGCCCCGCUGAAGAGGAGGCUCGACGCAAAGCAAGAGAGCAGGCGGCAUGGGCUGGUGGCUACCCUGAAAUUAUCAAAGAAAACAAGCUUUUUGAACAUUAUUAUCAAGAGCUGAAGAUUGUCCCUGAAGGGGAAUGGGAGCAGUUCAUGUCUGCUCUCAGAGAACCUCUACCGUCCACAAUAAGAAUAACUGGAUACAAAAGCCACGCUAAAGAAAUAUUACAUUGCUUGAAAAACAAAUACUUUAAAGAAUUGCAAGACAUAGAGGUUGACGGUCAGAAGUUAGAAUCCCCUCAGCCACUAAGCUGGUACCCUGAAGAGCUCGCCUGGCACACAAACAUGAGUAGGAAGAUUAUCCGCAAAUCCCCUGAGCUGGAAAAGUUUCAUCAGUUUCUUAUCAGUGAGACAGAAUCGGGUAACAUUAGCCGUCAAGAGGCAGUCAGCAUGAUCCCUCCUGUACUCCUCAAUGUAGAACCUCAUCAUAAGAUUUUGGACAUGUGUGCUGCACCUGGUUCAAAAACGGCUCAGCUUAUUGAAAUGCUGCACUCCGAUAUGAAUGUUCCUUUUCCUGAAGGCUUUGUGAUUGCUAAUGAUGUUGACAAUAAGCGUUGCUACUUGUUGGUCCAUCAAGCAAAGCGGUUGAACAGUCCCUGUAUUAUGGUGGUUAAUCACGACGCAUCAAGUAUUCCACGACUCAUUGUAGAAAACAAUGGUGCUAAAGAAGUGCUGUUCUAUGACCGGAUAUUGUGCGAUGUACCAUGCAGCGGAGACGGAACCUUGAGAAAAAAUAUUGAUGUGUGGAAGAAAUGGACUACGUUAAAUAGCUUGCAGCUACAUGGGUUACAGAUUAGGAUUGCUACCCGUGGUGUUGAACAGCUGGCAGAAGGGGGUAGAAUGGUUUAUUCUACUUGCUCUCUGAAUCCUGUUGAGGAUGAGGCCGUUAUAGCCUCUCUGCUAGAGAAAAGCGAAGGAGCCCUUGAACUUGCUGAUGUUUCUGCAGCACUCCCUGGUUUAAAAUGGAUGCCUGGGAUCACCAAUUGGAAGGUUAUGACAAAAGAAGGGCAGUGGUUUGAAAAAUGGGAAGAUGUGCCCCAAAGCAGGCAUACCCAGAUCCGCCCGACAAUGUUUCCACCGAAAGAUGAAGAGAAAUUGAAAGCUAUGAAUCUAAGCCGUUGCCUGCGGAUAUUACCACAUCAUCAGAACACAGGAGGAUUUUUUGUAGCAGUACUUAUAAAGAAAGCACCUAUGCCGUGGAAUCGGAGGUUUCCCAAGAUUCAGCGGAGAGGCCCCUCUACUGUAUCUAGUGUGCCUUUAGCUUCUGAAGUCCCUUCUGAAGUGACCGAACCUGCUCCCCAGGCGGCAGAAGACCCAGAUACGAAAGCAGAAAAUGGGGAACCCAAGCCUUCCACCAACACAGAGACUGAUUUGAGUAAUAAGGAGAGUGUUUGCGGACCUCCUCCAUCUAAAAAAAUGAAGCUUUUUGGAUUUAAAGAAGAUCCCUUUGUAUUUCUGUCUGAAGAUGACCCAAUUUUUCCUCCCAUUCAGAAUUUCUACACGCUAGAUCCGUCUUUUCCAAAAAAGAACCUGCUGACUCGAACCCAAGAAGGAAAGAAGAGGCAGCUAUAUAUGGUUUCCAAGGAAUUAAGAAAUGUGCUACUUCAUAACAGUGAGAAGAUGAAGGUAAUAAACACUGGUAUCAAGGUAUUGUGUCGGAAUAACGAUGGGGAGCAGUAUGGCUGUGCUUACAGACUGGCCCAAGAGGGUAUAUAUAGCCUGUAUCCUUUCAUCAAUUCAAGAAUUGUCAGUGUGUCUCCGGACGAUAUCAAGAUCCUUCUGACUCAGGAAAAUCCUUUCUUGAGUAAAUUCAGCAAUGAAACCCAAAGACAGGCUGAAGACUUGGUUAUGGGAAGCAUUGUAUUAAAGUAUGACCCUGACCCACAGAAACCUGAAACGCUCCAGUGCCCCAUUGUUUUGUGUGGCUGGCGAGGAAAAACAUCAAUUCGUUCUUUUGUGCCCAAAAAUGAGAGGAUGCAUUACCUGAGAAUGAUGGGUGUGGAAGUAUUUAAGGAAAAAAAGGAAUUAACUGGAAACAAAUCCUCAGAGACUGACCAACAGGAGGAGAAUGAGCUAGUCAUGGGAUGCGAGAAGGAGGACAGUGAAGACAAUCAGGAUGCGGAUACUGUAGAAGACAUAACAGACGUGGAUGCUAUAGAUCAAGCAAAACCUAGUGAAGAUGACCUGAUUCCUCCAGUGGACUCUAAAGCAGAUGUUGAGCAUCAAUCAAGUGAAGACAAACCAAAAACAGACUAAAAUGUUGCAUUUUUGUUGUGAUAAGAAUGUAGCAUAACUUUUCUCCGACAUUACCAUUUAUUUUUCCCCAUCCAUAUAUUUGACUACAUCAAGUCUCUUAGUUUGUUGCGGUAUCACGGUAUAAAGUAUAAUUUAAUCCAACUUGGAUUUUUUUUUAUUUUAAUAAAGUCUAACAUUUUAA